GAAAGUUCCAAAAUAAACCAAUAGAAUUGUAAGCAUGCAACAUCGAACGUAAAAGGGUUAAUAUUCUUUUCAUCGUACGAAUAAAACAUUCUAACAAAGCAUUCUACUAUAGUUUUAAGAAAACAACAAUUUGUAGAACAAAUGGCAAUUUGCAUGUGGUUAAUGAAGAAAGUUUAUACGAAUAGAAUUGUAAACAUUGUUAGGAAACAGGUAAACGGUAUAUGCCCGAGGCAUUCCGGUGAUGGAGAAGGGCGCGUGUAAGUCGUUCGGGUCAUUAAUCGUGGAGGUAGACUGGCUGAGUGCACAUUCGUGCGUACACCACGCUCCUCGAAGGUUCGGCUGUCGUGUUAACGGUUAUUUCUUUCUACAAUACGGGGAAAGAGAAUCGCCUUGACGAGCGGACGGUUGCUUCGUAGAGUGUGAAAGGUUGACUUAACGUUCCCGGCAGUCGAAGAGGGAAAUGUUUCCGGUGCGAGCGACAGCUGCCACCGAAUAACAAACAAUUUUUUACUAGUGAUACCGCGGAGAUUUCAGUGAAUGUCGCACGUGUAUGAUAUUUCUCGUGAAUAAUAAGUUGAAUUGUGGCGUAAAAACGAGUGGUCCGUAUAGUGAUGUAAAUUUAGCGACCAAUCACCGAAAAAUUGAACGACUGAAGAUUUGGAGAAAUCAACAAGGAUUUGUAAGAAAAAAGGUAUCGAGAACCGCAUUAAACUGGAGCAAGGAGUGGAAGCGGAAGUGCAUGGAACGAAUCUCGUCGGGUAAAGGUUGUUGCCUCGCGAAGAAACCAACUCUGCCCGAGGUAUUUCGGUACAGUGCAUAGAAACUGAGAGCGGUUAAAGUCGGGAGAUGGCUUAGCAAAGACUAACGAAACGGAACGAAAUUCAGUUUUACAAUGACGUUGGUGCACACUGGCGUGGAAAACACACCGAAGAAACGUUGAUGAAUCAGAAAGGAAUCGUUUCUACGGCUGAAAGAUGACCGUCGCGAUGGAACACAAGCGUAAGAGCUCGUGGGAUUCGAAGAUAUCAGUAAGCACGGUAAGCACGAGAAGAUUCAGCCGCGCGGGAACUCCAAGUUCGAUCUUGUCAUCGGACAGCGACAUUCGAUUUACGAGGAAGCUCGGUGGACAAUAUCGUUGUGGAUGCUGCGUGUUAGCGGCGUUUUUGCUUUUCCUCCUCUUCUCUGGAGUCUCCAUAUACCUUGGCUACACGUUCCUAACGUCAGAUCCACCAGGUGAUCAGAUAUUCCUGGCGACAUUUCGAGUGAUCGAAGGUGAUUCCUUCGUUUCAGAACUAGCAGAUCCCUCUACCGAAGCCUUUCGAAUACGAUCACGAGAAUAUCGCGAUCGACUUAAUCUUAUCUUUCGCCGCAGCUGGCUGAGAAUCUCUUUCCUCGCUGUGGAAAUAUUGGCGCUCGAUGGAUCCGAAGGUGAAAAUUUGGCGGUACACUUCGAGAUUCGAUUCGAUCCACGAUAUCAGACUAUCACCACUGCGGACGUCGUUGAUAUUCUUACGCGAGAGAUCGAUCCUGCAACCUCGCAGUAUUUGAACAAUUUAACGAUCGACUCGCAAAGUCUCGAGGUUCAAGAGAGCUUGAAAGCUCUGAAUGCUCAAGUCGGUCAACAGACGACAGUUUCAACACCACCACCAACUACUACACCACCGCCUCCGAGAAGAUGCACCAGUUUGGAUUUAUCUUACUGCAAACAUCUUCCAUACAAUGUUACUUCGUAUCCAAAUAUAUUGGGACAUCGUUCGUUGGCUGAUGUGGAAGAGGAUGUGAUCGCUUUCAGGGAGUUAGUCGACGCGGAAUGUUACCGAUUGGCGUACGACUUUGUGUGCCAAGUAUUGCAACCAGCAUGUAUAUCCAAUCAACCGGAAGACCUUCUCCAGCUACCAUGCAGGAGCUUCUGUAGAGAAUUCUGGAACGGAUGCGGUAGCCGACUUCCGGACAAGAUCAAACGCCUGCUGGAUUGUUCAAAUUUCCCAGAGUACGCGGACCAAGGUGGUUGCAGAGCAAAGCCAGGAUGCGUGCAAGCGCUUCAAGCGAAAGCAUUGUCACCGAGAAUUUGCGACGGCGUGAUCGACUGCCCUGACCUUUCCGACGAGAAAAAUUGCGCUUAUUGUCGCGACGGUUAUAUGCAUUGCGGUGUAGGCAGAACUUGUAUUCCACGUGGCAAGAGAUGCGAUGGAAAAUUGGACUGCGCCAACGGCAGUGACGAGAAAGAUUGUCUAUCUUUAGCACCGAGUAUUCGAUCUGUGAAAUCACAACCUUCGGAUACACCGUUCGCCACAAGGUAUAACAACGAAGGAUUUGUAGUGUUUAACGAGAAAGGUACUAUCGGGAAACUUUGCACCGCAAAUCUGAACGCGACACUGCCAGGAACGGAAAUGGAAACCGUUCUUCAAACUGCUGCCAGCUCCUUGUGCAGUCUGUUAACUUACACAGGAGUAAAAUCCGUGGAAGUAAGAAUCGACGAUGAAGAGGAUGUUCAAUACGUACAUAUGGAGGAUCCAUCAGCAACAGAGAUUACGUUUGUUAGAGCACCCUGCCCAAGCAAGGAAGUUAUGUACGUCCGAUGCUCUGAACUCGAGUGUGGCGUACAAUCUUUACACGCAAAGAGUAGUAGCCGAGGUCUUAAUAAAAUGGCAGAACCAGGAGAUUGGCCUUGGCACGUAGCACUCUUCAAGGAAGAAGUGCACGUAUGCGAUGCAACGCUUGUGGCGGAAAAUUGGUUGAUUACAACGGCUUCAUGUUUUCAAGGUCAGCCAAAGGCAGAAUGGUCUGCAAGAAUGGGCACUGUACGUCUCUCGAGCACGUCACCUUGGCAACAGGAGCGUAGAAUCGUGGGUAUGAUUAAAUCACCAGUUGAAGGGAGCACGACCGUUUUAUUGAAGCUUGAUCGACCUGUUACCACGUUUUCUGAUUUCGUAAGACCUGUAUGUCUACCUUCAAGUCAAGAUCCACCGAUGAAUAUGACUCAUUGCAACACUCUUGGAUGGGCCAGAAAUCGUGAUUUACUGCAGAGGGUACAGCUUAGACAUAGCGCGAUGGAACGUUGCGAGAAUAUCAGUAUCGCAUCAAUAAAUAGUGUCUGCACGGAACCGGCUUAUUCUACUGACGAUUGCAACGAAGAAGAAGUUGCUGGAAGUCCUAUGUUGUGCCUUCAGCCAGAUGAUCGUAGAUGGGCGUUAACAGGCGUUGGUAGUUGGCGAAUAGCUUGCUCGAAAGUUGGUGUCGAAAGGCCACGAUUAUAUGAUAAAAUUUCUUCUAAUAUUGCUUGGAUAAAAUCUACGAUCGAAUAAAUAUUUAUCGAAAAUAUUUAACAAAUCAGUAUGAACUGACAGGGACUGAAAUUGAUAUUACAAUAUAUGUACUCUCGCUCAAAACUUUGGAACACGUUAAGGUUUCUUUAAAUAGAUAAAUAUUUUAUAUUAGUGUUGAGAUUUUAAUUAACCUUCUAUAAUUAAAAUUUAAUUAUAAUAAUAUAUUUAUUAUUAAUUAUUUUGAUAUUAUAUAAUUGAAUAUAAUUAUAUAAUAAUUCAUGGGAGAAAAAGAUAAGAUUGUAGCUUUAAAAUGUGGUGUGAGAAUUUAUUAAUAAUAAGUUCUCAAGUUUACAUUAUAGAAGAUUGAUUAUAUUUAAAAUUAGAAUAUUUCUCAGAAAAGUGUAAAGAUUACUUUAUUUAAAAAACUCCAAAUUUUUGAGCGAAAGCGUACACACACGUGGCAUAGAAUUAUCUCAUCAAAUUUUCCUAUCGUAUCCUAACAGACUGUAAAAUACGUAUUGUAAAUUAACGCGUUACGACGUAUAUUCUGUUGGAUAACAUAUACAUAUCUCGUGUCUACUGUAUAGUUUUGUCAACAAUUCGUUGUGUUUUAUCCGUUAUUCGUAUAAAUGUCUAUAUGUUACAUCGUUGUAAAGAGAACUGUUUCAAUUAAAAUAGUAAGUAGUCGAAAAAAUAAAUAAUGCGGGAAAAUUUCUCCUCUCUCAGGUAGAUUUGCAUUCGUGGUUUUCGAUCGCGAUUAUUAUAUAAGGCGACUGAAGCUCUGUCAUGUAUCCACAAAGGUGAAUGUAUGCGUAGUUGGUAUGUAAGAUUUCUACAGGGUGGUCCGACAAGAAUCAGUAGCUUGAAUUUCCCUGUUGUUUUUGGAGCUGUGAAAAACUUUGUUAAAAAAAAUAAACGAAAAGAAGUGAUGGUGAAA